AUGCUUUACGGAUUUGAUAGGGACCAUGAGCGAAAUAAUGAGAAAUCAAAUAGACCAUGCAAGAACUCCUUUUCGCUUGCCCAGAACCACAUUCGUCGAGUAGCCAUCCACUUCCCAUCAAACUCAGCUCCGCCGCCUCCAUCAAAAGCAAUGGCUGGAAGUAUCGAUAUGAUGUUACGUAAUCUCAACCUGGAAACGGUCGAAUCUUUACCGGAGGAUUUUGAUCCGACUACUGUGAUCAAUGAUCCUCUGCCGCCGAUUGCUGAUAACGCUCCCCAUAUAAACGGUGUAAAAUCGAUUAAUGGGAAAGAGAAACCGAGGGAAAUUAUUCUAGGAAGAAAUGUGCACACUACUUGCCUCGAGGUAACAGAGCCUGAUGCUGAUGAUGAGGUUACCGGAGAAAGAGAAGCUUAUAUGGCCAGCGUGUUGGCCAGAUAUAGAAAAUCCUUGCUCGAAAGGACAAAACAUCAUUUGGGGUAUCCUUAUAAUCUGGACUUCGAUUAUGGUGCGUUGUCUCAGUUACAACAUUUCUCCAUUAACAACCUUGGGGACCCAUUCAUCGAGAGCAAUUAUGGUGUCCAUUCCAGACAGUUUGAGGUUGGUGUAUUGGACUGGUUUGCUCGUUUAUGGGAACUGGAAAAGAACGAAUACUGGGGUUACAUUACAAAUUGUGGAACAGAAGGCAAUCUUCAUGGCAUACUAGUCGGGAGAGAAGUGUUUCCUGAUGGGAUUUUAUAUGCUUCAUGCGAAUCACAUUAUUCCAUUUUCAAAGCAGCAAGAAUGUAUCGAAUGGAUUGUGAAAAAGUCAACACGCUCCUUUCUGGGGAGAUCGAUUGUGAAGAUUUUAAAGCUAAACUUUCUCUUCACAAGGACAAACCUGCAAUCAUCAACGUGAACAUAGGAACAACAGUGAAAGGAGCUGUAGAUGAUCUUGAUCUGGUCAUCAAGACCCUUGAAGAAACCGGAUUCACACAUGACCGAUUUUAUAUCCACUGUGAUGGGGCUUUGUUUGGACUAAUGAUGCCUUUUGUUAAACUUGCACCGAAGGUAUCUUUCAAGAAACCGAUUGGAUCCGUGAGUGUUUCGGGUCACAAAUUUGUCGGGUGUCCAAUGCCAUGUGGCGUUCAAAUAACACGAUUAGAACACAUCAACGCACUUUCAAGAAACGUUGAAUAUCUCGCUUCACGAGAUGCAACAAUCAUGGGAAGUCGAAAUGGUCAUGCUCCAUUGUUCCUUUGGUACACUUUAAACCGAAAAGGGUAUCGAGGGUUCCAAAAAGAGGUCCAAAAAUGCCUCAGAAAUGCCCACUACUUAAAAGGCAGGCUAACCAGUGCUGGAAUUGGUGCUAUGCUUAAUGAGCUCAGUAGCACAGUGGUCUUUGAACGCCCACAAGAUGAGGAGUUUACACGAAAAUGGCAGCUUGCAUGUCAGGGAAGCAUUGCUCAUGUUGUGGUGAUGCCGAAUAUAACGAUUGAUAAGUUGGAUGAUUUUGUGGAUGAGCUUAUUGAGAAACGUGUGGUUUGGUAUGGAAAUGGGAAGCUUCAGUCGCCUUGUGUUGCUUCGGAUAUUGGAGAGGGUAAUUGUUUAUGUGUGUUACACAAGUGAGAGUGGUUUAGUGGUGUGGAAAACAGUUGACACGUGUUAUUUGAUAUGUUAUUGGAAAUCGUGUUGGUUGUUGUAGUGUAUUUUUUUUUUUUUUUAAUGGUUAUUUAUGUUAGACGUUGGAGUGAUGGGAUUGUUAUUGAAAUGAAAGCAUAAUGUUUGAAGUUGA